AUGUCUUCUAAUACGCAGCAAUCCAAAAAAACGAAAAAGACGACUAUAAAAAAGUCUGUUCAACAAACUGCUAGGACAGCAGCAAGCACAAGACAACGGGAAAUUCUUCCCAGCUUGACAGUUAGCGCAGAGCUAGAUUGUACUGUCCUGUCCACUUUGUCCACCAUGAGCACCCGACUGAAUGAAUCUCAUUCACUUCUGGAGAAGGUCUACCACAACAUGGGAGCAACCAAUGGCCAGAAUAACAAUUCGAACUAUAGUCCCAUUGGUCAGGCUCUUACUACAGGAGAAUAUAUAAAGUACCGCCUUCCAACGGUUUCGAAUAUUGCAAAGUUACUUACAUUAUAUUUUGCAGAGAUUGAUCCGUUCUCAAACACGACAGUUCUGGCAACAAUGUCAUUGACGGUCAAUGAGGGCGCCUUCUCGACAUCCAACCGUCCCAUUGCUGAUGUAGUGCAGAGCUACACACAUCAGCAAGCUGAAGUAAAGUCUGUUUCGUCUGCAGUUGUGGAAGAGAAAACCCGAAGACAUAUUUCGUAUAUGCUUCAAAGGGCAAAAGCUUUGCCAGAAAAGAUAGCUCGACAAAAUCGGAUUUCUCGACGCCGGUCCAAAAAGAGAAACAUUCUUGCAGACUACAAGGCAAUUCACUUAGCUGACAAGGCAAACCUUGAGUCUAAGUUUGGUGAGACUGUCGUGGACCUUCUGGACUAUGACAUGUUGUCUGAUAUUGAGUCAGAUGAGGAGAAAAAUAAAACUAGAUAUACUCCUAGAAAUAGACAUCCCUUGGUGGAUGAAUACUUUACUGUUUUGAAGAAACAGAGACUUGCUAACAAGGGACCAGACGUCAUUGGCAAUUCUGUCUAUCCAAUUAUUUUGAGAAACACCGAGUUAUCGAAUAAGAAAAAGGCACGUGUUGCUGCUUGGAUUCACACACACCAACAAUAA